CGGGGAGGCUGCGGCGCCUCGGGGCGGCCGGGUUUGCGGCGCGGCGCGUCCUCUACUCUGGGCUCCUGCGACCCGUGGGGCGGCAGCCAUGCAGCCCCCGCCCCCGGGCCCGCUGGGCGACUGUCUGCGGGACUGGGAGGAUCUGCAGCAGGACUUCCACACCAUCCAGGAGACACACCGGCAGUACCGCCUGAAGCUGGAGGAGCUGACCAAGCUGCAGACGAACUGCACCAGCUCCAUUGCACGGCAGAAGAAGCGCCUCCAGGAGCUGGCACUCGUCCUGAAGAAAUGCAAAGCCUCCCUCCCAGCGGAGGCUGCUGCGGCUGCGCAGGAGCUGGAGACCCAGAUGAAGGAGCGGCAAGGCCUCUUCUUCGACAUGGAGGCCUACUUGCCCAAGAAGAAUGGGUUGUACCUGAGCCUGGUUCUGGGGAAUGUCAACGUGACGCUGUUGAGCAAGCAGGCCAAGUUCGCCUACAAGGACGAGUACGAGAAGUUCAAGCUCUACCUCACUAUCAUCCUCAUCCUCAUCUCCUUCAGCUGCCGCUUCCUGUUCAACUCCAGGGUGACGGACGCAGCCUUCAACUUCCUGCUGGUCUGGUACUACUGCACGCUCACCAUCCGGGAGAGCAUCCUCAUCAACAAUGGCUCCCGGAUCAAAGGCUGGUGGGUUUUCCAUCACUACGUGUCCACAUUCCUGUCGGGGGUCAUGCUGACAUGGCCUGACGGGCUUAUGUACCAGAAGUUCCGGAACCAGUUCCUGUCCUUCUCCAUGUACCAGAGCUUCGUGCAGUUCCUGCAGUAUUACUACCAAAGCGGCUGUCUGUACCGCCUGCGCGCCCUGGGCGAGCGGCACACCAUGGACCUCACUGUGGAGGGCUUCCAGUCCUGGAUGUGGCGGGGCCUCACCUUCCUGCUGCCUUUCCUCUUCUUCGGACAUUUCUGGCAGCUUUUUAACGCGCUGACGUUGUUUAACCUGGCCCGAGACCCCCAGUGCAAGGAGUGGCAGGUGCUCAUGUGUGGCCUCCCCUUCCUCCUCCUGUUCCUCGGCAAUUUCUUCACCACCCUGCGGGUCGUGCACCAGAAGUUCCACAGCCAGCGGCACGGGGGCAAGAAGGAAUGAGCUGGGCCUCUGCCCGUGGCCCCAAAGGGGCCUUUGACCCUGGGUGUGGCGGGAGGGCUGGGCGGCGCCCCUGCGUGCAAGGGAGGGUCCCCUGUUCCCCGGGCUUCGUGGGCUCUGUGGGCCCUGAGGAAGAGCUGGGCUUGGCUCCAGCCUGCAGGAGCUGGGCGCUAUGGCCUCAAUAAAGAGUGGCAUGGAGUGGCUGGA